UCCAUAGAGUCCGCCAGCAGGUGGUGCUGUGCAUGUGUAACACUGAUGGUAAGCCUGGUGGAAUCUCCAAGGUGUCUGCCAGCAGAUGGUGCUGUGCACAUGUAGCACAGAUAGCAAAGCCUGGCAGAGUCUCCAAGAUGUCCAGGAUCAGCAUGUGUGGCGUCUGACGUCAUCAAAAUGCGAUUGCUUGCCCUUAGUGCCUACUGGACUACCUUCACCCCUGCCCAUUUGGAACUCAUCAAACAUACAUGGACUGCCACACCAUGCACCUGUUAUCCCUUUUGUAAUGGUCCUGUGCUGA